GGUUGUUCGUAGCUACGUUUGGGUGCUGCCGUGAAGCGGUUGGUCUGUAGGCCUUGGUGAUCCGCUUCGUGGUAGUGUGCCCUCAAUUACAAUGUCCGAUUCUGACAGCGAGACUUCGGUCAGCUACAACACGAUGUACACCGAACUAAAAGCGCGACUAGUCGCACUUAAGGAAAAUAAAGAUGACAAGGCUGCGCAGGAGCGUCGAACCGCUGACCCGGGCGUAAUUUUGAACAAGCAGCAGCUGGCUGCCAUGGACCAGCUGAACGCCGUGAAGCUGCAGCUGACAACCAUUAAGAAGCUUAUGGACACGAAGCCUGACGUGCAGGCGGUCGACGGUCCACCGGUGAAGCGGGCCCGUGUCGCCCUUGAGGAUUUCAAAUGUGACUUCGGCGCCAGCGAGGGCAAAGCGAACAAGUCUCUCAGCGGACAGCGCGCGCAUAUCGAGAAAUGCUACAAUGCGGUAAUGGACAUUGAGGACGCGUGGCGCAACGUCCUCGCGGCUCGGCCCGGCGAGGAACGCUUCAGGAACAUCGAGGCCAUGGAGACUGCCAUCACCGACGGCAAGGCCGUGUUCCGGGGGGUCGCGAAGGAGCUGGUCGUUGCAUACAACCACGGCUGGGAGGUCGUGCAUGAGAUGCGUGGCAUGGCGUACGCGGAGACGGAGGAGGAGCGCAAGGCGCUGAAGCAGGCCGUGAAGGCGGUGGCGGGCAAGAAGCCCAAGCAGGCCAAACCCGCGAGCGUGCCGGCCGGCUCUGGUGCGGGGGCCGGGGUGAAGCAGGCAGCGGCGGCGGGUGUCUGUUUCAAGUGCAUUAAGCCUGGGCACUUCGCCAAAGAGUGCAAGGAGAAGUAACGGGGUGUAGUGUGGUGCGGGUGUGAGAGGUAAUUCGCAGCCCGUGGGCCCGGGAAGGUCGUGGUGGUUUGGAGCCGACGCGGGUGUUAACUCGCGAGUCGGGGCCCGGAGAGGCCGGGGGGGUAACAGCCCCGUGGUGUUUUGGAGCCGACACGAGUGUUAACUCGCGGGUCAGGGCCCGGAGAGGCCGGGGGCAGCGGCCCCAUAGCGUGGAAGCGUGUUGUUGACGUUCCUUGUGGCUGUAGCCUUGUGUGGGGUUGGGUGGCUAAGGGCACGGCCGCCCCCUCCGCGAUUAUUGAAGUUUCGUGGUAGUGUGCCCUCACCCGGCCCUACCCUUUCACGAAGACGUUCUUUCCUUGCGUGCAGGUACUUGUUUGUAACGUAGUCUUCGC